GCUGUUCGAGCAACGGCGCUGGUAGCAGCAAUGGUAGGCGCAGCAGCAGCAGCAAGCCUCUCCUCUCGCUCGGGGCUGGAAUAAAGACGCCUCGGCCGCUCUCUCCUCCUCAAGCGGCAGGAUCAGCUGAGCGCGAGGAUCACGUGGGCGGCGUGUCGAAGGUCACAGCGCGGCUCACAAUGGAGCUGUCGGAGCCUGUGCAAAGUGGCUUGCAGCUCCUGGCUGAUCGCGGCUGCUUCUCCCCCAGAGCCUACACGGUUCUGGUGCAGGCGGCCUUCCAGAGCUUGCUUAGCGGCCAGGCCGCGUUAGAUCAUCCAGACUUGGAACAUAUAGAUCCAGCAACAUUAAAAUAUUGCCAUGCAGCAGCUGCAACUUGUAUAGUCGAAGCUGGAAAGCAAAAAGCUGACGAAUCUGCCAUAAGCUCCUAUCUAGAAGACUGUAAGUUUGACAGAGAAAGAAUUGAACAAUUUUGCACCGAAUAUCAGAAAAAUAAAGAUACCUUGGAAAUCCUACUGGGGAGUGUAGGCAGAAGUCCACUGCAUAUAAUUGAUGUUUGUUGGCGUCUGGAAUAUCAAAUCAAGACCAAUCAACUUCAUAAAACUUAUCAGCCUGCCUAUCUGAUGACCCUUAAUGUAGAGAACAAUGACUCAAGAUCUCACCCAGACAUUAAUUUUAGUUGUUCUAUGGAGCAAUUACAGGAUUUAGUUGGAAAACUAAAAGAUGCAGCUAAAAGCCUAGAGAGAACUACUCAGCUCUAAUUGCAGUCCUUUGGCAGUCUGCAGAAUCCAAGAUGAAGACAAAUUGCUUGUUAUCUAAUAAUUUUUUCUUUGAAUAUAAGAUUAUUACUUUGCUCUGCCUUUAUUUGAUAGAAGUUUAAUCAACUUUUGGUUGAUCCUUGGUUUAAGUGGCGGGAUGUCUAUUCCUUCAUUCUAGUCAAUGUUUCAAGUUUUGUUGCAGUAUUUGUUUAUACCAAGAGGUAUGCAAAUAUAUGCUGUAUUAGUUGUCCAAAUUCUGCUUUUUAAAUAACUGCCUACAAUUCAGUCUUACCUUCUUUUGAAACAAGCCUUUGGCGUGUGUGUGUUCUUGAUUUCCCAUUUCUAACUUAUAAUAAAGAAAAAAUAGUACA